UGAAUGGUAACUUUGAUAAUUUUUGCUUUUUAAAAACUAGUUUUUGCUUUGUUUUAAAUAUGAGCCUCUGUUAUUGUUUUAAAAUUCUAGUUCUCAAUUUUGAACCAUAUGGACUCUCCUUUUCUUCAUCUGGCUUUACUGGACGACAGUCUCCUGCUGGCAUUUCUCUGGGUUCAGAUGUAUCUGGAAAUAGUGCUGAGACAGGGCUGAAAGAGACAAAUAGCUUGAAGCUGGAAGGUAUAAAGAAAUUGUGGGGGAAAGAAGGCUAUCUUCCCAAGAAGGAAAGCAAAACUAGUGAUGAAACUGAAGUUCUGCCUGUUCCUCAAGAGAGUAUAAUAAUGGAGAAUGUAGAUCAAACUAUAACAAAAAAGGACCAGUCUCAAGUCCUUACCCAGUCGAAAGAGGAGAAGGAAAAGCAGCUGCUGGCAUCAUCAUUAUUUGUUGGGCUAGGAUCGGAAAGUACAGUCAAUUUGCUAGGAAAAGCAGAUACCAUCUCUCACAAGUUCAGAAGGAAAUCAAAAGUUAAGGAAACCAAAAGUGGAGAAACAACCAGUGUUCAUAAUAUGACCUGUUCUUCCUUUAGUUCUUCAUCAAAUGUGACUUAUGAAGAAGAUUAUUAUUUGGAUAAUUUGCAGGAUACAGAAGAUAAAGAACUAAAGAAAUUUACCCUUAGUUCAGAACUUUUGGAUUCUGAAUCACUCACAGAAUUGCCUUUGGUUGAGAAACUCUCAAAUUGCAGGCUGUCUACACCUUCUUUGUUUGCUGACAACAACAUGGAAGUUUUUCACCCUCCUCAAUCCACUGCAGCCUCAGUUGCCAAUGAAAUCUCCUUAGCUUCUUUGUUGGAAGAAACUACUGAACUCACACAUUCAGAUCUUAUGGAGGUCUGUAAUAAUGAGACCAUAUCAGUGUCUUCUUACAAAAUUUGGAAAGAUGAUUGUUUAUUGAUGGUGUGGUUAGUUUCCAGUAAGAGUGGUGAGGAAUUGAAAAAUACUAACUUAGAAAUUGCUCCUGCAAAAAAUUUCAAGAUCACUGAGCAAUCUGAUUGCUGUUUGCCUGUCAUAGAAGCAGAGAACACAAAAAACUUCCAAUAUAGUGUGCAGAUGGAAGAACCUUUUACAGAAGGGAAUCUUUCUGGUUCUGUAAAUUAUCAAAUGAUGGAUACUCAUGUUGUUCAGCUCGACUUUUCAGUAAAUUUAUCACUGUUAGAUUUCAUUAGACCAUUAAAAAUAUCAACUGAAGACUUUGGCAAACUCUGGUUAUCCUUUGCCAAUGAUGUGAAGCAAAAUGUGAAAAUAUCAGCAUCUCAAGCUGCCCUGCCUGCUGCCCUAAAGACACUGCGGCAGAACCUGAGACUUCACGUUGUUGACAUCAUAGGCAAUGAAGGGCUGUUGGCCUGUCAGCUGCUCCCGUCCAUCCCCUGUUUGCUGCAUUUCCGAGUUCAUGGUGACGUAUUGGCCCUGUGGUUCAGAUCCUCCUGCUCUAGUCUUCCUGACUAUUUAUUGUAUCAGUGUCAAAAGGUGAUGGAGGGUUCCUAGCAGAAGCUCUUACUCCAUCAAAAUAAAUGGUUUACAUAGAUAAACUUAUUUACCAAAGUAAAAAGAACUCAUGGUACUUCUAAUGAAAAUGGGGAUAAUUUAUGAGUUGUGGUUUUAUGUGUUAUCUUUAUGAUUCUUGAUCAAGGUCCCCGAGAAACUGUAUCCCUAACCUUUUACUCAGGAUUGUACAGUAUGCUUGGGUCCCAAAGAGUGACCCAAGCUAAUGUUAUAAACUGCUAAUGAUUUAUAUAUCACUUAGUGUAGCGAGACUGAAAAUAUUUAUUUUGUUAUAAGUAAUUUUAUAGCAAAUAUACUGUAGUGCUAGCUGAUUUGUAGUAAAGCCAAGUCUGAGUUCUCUGUAUUAAUGGAGGGGAGACAUGGAAUUGAUAACCCCAGACCUAAUUCGUAUUUGGCUUUGGAAUGCAGUGUAUGCUUUUUGGUGGGCAAGUUAUUACUUUUAAUUAUGUUGUGCUUAGAUCAGUGUUGAACUAAGUUGACACUGCGCACGCUUAGUUCCAGAGAUCCAUGAGCAUGCUGGAUUUUGGGGGAUCCAAUCUGUAAUACAGUUUUUAUUAUAAAUAACUUGUUAUACAUAAUUGCAGAUAAUUUGGCUACAAAAUUUGUUUUCCAUUAGCAUUUAUUUUUAAAAUGAAAAGUGAAUCACUGUAUUCUUAAGUUAAAAACUCAGAGUCAUUUACAAAAUAAUAUCACAUAGAUAUAAAACCCACAAGAACACACAGUACUAAAGCAAUCAUAUAAAAGGACUUUUUAGUUAUGGCAAAUAUCUCAAUCAGUUACCACUUUGGUUCUUUUAGCAAGUUAAAAUUUGUGAUUAUAGUAUAAAUGGCAAAACAAUUUUUCCUGGCCUUUAAAUCCGCUAGUACUCAGAGGAUGCAACCAAAACAGUGAGUCAGUAUACCAUACAGGCUCUUCAAUAAAACAUAUCAUUCUCAUAUUAUAGUUGUGCCUACGUGCCUCUGUCAGAACUAUUAUCGGCCUAAUGUGAAUGAUGGACCCGAAUCUUGGAUUGUACAUUAAUGUUAAAAACUGAAAUUGUGUUUUAUAAAACCUUAUGGUGCUGUGGAAACAUUUACUAUUUUACUUUUUAUGACACUUCACCAUGGAGAUUAUUCAGAUAAUAUAGAUUUAAGUCAUUGUACUUAAUACUCUGGUUAAUUGAUACUGUUUAUCACCCAGGUGUGGAAUUCUGGCUUUAGGUUAUCUCAGGAAUCGUACUGGAUGUGAAAGAUGCUAAGGGGAUUCCCGAGAGCUGAUAGAUUUCAUUAGUCAUUUGUGUUUAGUGUAUUCCUUCCUAAAAAACAGAAUUCUUUUUUAAAAUUGAUUUUUAAGUUACUCAUUUAAAAAAUGUACCUUGUUAUUUUCAUGCUUUUAAAAACACAGUAAAACCUUGCUGUAAAAGCAAUGAAAAAUGACUGGAAUUUCCUGUGUAGGUUUCCCCUUUUAAAUAGAAGGUGAGAUUCAUCUUCAGGCUCCCCACAGGGGCAGGGUAAAGGGAAUGUGCUGUCUCUGCAGGUGUGGUGGACACUGGUGGCAAGACUCAUCAGCUUCCUCUUUAUUCCUAGUCUCUGUCAGCAGCAACCCACCUGCUUCUGCUGUUACUCUGACAAUGAGAUAGGAAGUGCCCUCUCACUUUGCAGCGUGUAGCAGAAGAGGUGCCCCCAAUUUUUUGUCCGUACUUCAUGUGUUUGCAUGGUUACUGAGACUGGGUUGGGUGUAGAGCAGUGGAUGUAAGGAACCCAGCAAGCUUUGGACAGCUUAUCUGGGAGAGAUUACACUGAGCUGCUGCUUUGUUACCAGGGCAUUCAGGAGUGGCUGCAGCAGUUGUCAUGAGAGAUAUGCUUGACCUGUAGGGUUGUCAAAUGGCGGGAGAUGUGUAAUGGUAGGUUUGGGCUAGGAACAUGAUUUUGGGUCUUCCAGAGGGAACGUGUUAUCACCUCUGUUCUUUCUGAAGCCACAAAAAGUAGGGUUACAGAAUUUCUACUGAAAUGUUCAGUAGAAUGUUUACAAUUUUUUAUAUUUUUAUGGUUUUAAAAACAACAGUAGGAAAGAAUUUCACAGCAGUAUAUAUUUUGCCUAAACUAAUUAACAUUUUAAGUUCUAAAUCAGACAUCACCAACUACUUUUGCAUCGUAGGAGACGUGACUAUAAACUAGGCGAAUGGUUACUGUUGGUAGGUCACCUUCUUACAUUAUAGUCAAAACUGUCAAGUGAAGGGACAUCAUCGAGAAUAAAAGCUGGGAGGUGGGGUUACUCAGCUGCGCGAGUUCUGUGCCUGGCAUCUUUGCUGAGAACGCAGGUGGCAGCAAGUGUGAAUCUGGAGAGAAUAAAGGGAAGAGAGCAAAGUCUUAAGAGCAGAUGGAAGCAGAAUAGUCAGGCUCCCACCAGAGUAGUCCCUGUGGAGGCAGGCAGAUCAAGCUCAGGGGAAAGUGGGCCCAAGUAAGGGUCCUUCUAAAGCGCUGGAGAUGGAAGCUGAGCAGUUACCAAGUGCUAUGUGCCAACCAUGCCAGCCACAGCAAAGGCUCUGCAGAGGAGCAUUAUUUUAAACAAUAUUCUUCUGUCAUCUA